AUGGAAAACCGAAGCAGCAUUGUCCUCGUGGACAACACUGCCCCCACCCAACAGCCCGACGACCUCUCGCGGCGCCCAACCGCAAACGAUUCCUCAGGUAGCCUUUCGCGGCAUCUGAGUCGCGUAUCAGUGACGAAUCAGCUUGCCAAAAGGAAAUACGCCAAAUGGCAACCAGAGAGACUCGGAAUUCCGAGCAAUACCGACACUCCCGUCAGCAGGGAGUCAUCGCGAGUCCGAGGAUCAUCCGUCUCAGCGAGCAGCGUGGCCGAACAGCGAAGCGGACAAUCACCGCCGCACGACGACGCAGGCAGGGAUGUCGACUCGACGGACCAUGAGCCCCCUCGAGUCCACAGCAGACAUAAUAAUACGAAUAGUGUUCGAUCAGCUGGGUCUGCGCGGCAGCAGCAGCAACAACAACAGCUCAAUGAAACUUCCGACGAAAACAGAACGCCUGUCUCUGAGCUGGACGUUCUCUACGAGAACCAACGAGGCUGGUUCCUAUUCGGGAUUCCGCUCUACUCCCACGGCUCACUACUAAACCUCGAUCCCGGCGCCUGGAUGACUCCAGACCGGAAGGAAAGCCCCGUGGAUAUCACCAAUGCGCAAGUGCCUGAUCCCAGCUGGGAAUGGGCCUGGCGGACGUGGUACGUCGAUAUGUCCGGGGACGUGGAUGAGCAGGGCUGGCAGUACUCCCUCUCGUUUGGGUCGUCGGCAUGGCAUGGCACGCACCCGUGGUUCCAUUCGUUUGUCCGUCGCAGGCGAUGGGUUAGACUUCGGACUAAGAUCGCGGAGAAACGUCGCGUUCGGUCCGAUUUUGAGAAUGCUCAUAUGCUGACCGAGGACUACUUUACUAUCCAUUCUUCCAAAGGCCAUAGCCGUGAGCAGAGCUCUGCAAGUCUAUCCAAGCUGGCCUCGGGUUAUUUGAGUCGCGCCACUACGAAGAUGGCUGAAGAUGCCUUCCCCGAGGAGAUUGGGGACAUUCCUACCUUGAUCUACGCAUUGAAGCGGACUUCGAUCGACCGAGAGAAGAUCGAUGUCCUGAAGAAAUUUGUUCAGGAAGGAGGUGAGGAGCUGUACUAUUUGAACGACAAGAUCCCGGAGAUCAUGUCUAUGUUUUUCUUCCAAGCAUCUCGAUGGCAGUUCAUCUCGCAUCUUGUCAGCGUCAUCAAUGAGCUAUCCAAGACAGCCGCGGAUCCGGACGGAGACGGCAAGGAUGCUGAUCAGAUCAAACGCAAACAGGACAAUCUUGCCCGCGCGGCGGAGACGUGCCGGCUGCACGUCACAGGGCCGGGUGUCUUCGCCGAUGACCAGGGCGAGUCGGUGACGGGAAUGCUGGAUUUGACACCCGUGUCUCGACAUGAUACGCUGCUGUCAAAACGACCCAGGUCGCCCUCUGCUCAGCUGUCGCGCAAGGAGAAGGGGAAGAAUAUCAAGGGGAUCCCCAAGGCAGCGGAGGUUGGCCCAAAAUCCUUUGUCGGCCUCACCGCCUUCCGUUCCUUCCCGUUCCUUCAUCAUCUUGGCCGAGAAAAAUAUCUCCCGUUCUCUCUGAUCCUCAACAGCUCCGCUUUCCCUCCCUUCCCCCGCGCCUCAGAUGCUCCAGCAUCGAUCUCCAUGUUCUCGUGUGGCCGCCCGUGUCUAAGAAGGCGAGGUCUGUCUGCCCUCUUGGACACCGUCGCGGCUGGCCCCGAUGAACCUCUCCUCUUCCUCUACCCGCGCUGGGCUACGACCGCCGUGCGGCACCGAAGACCAAUCACUUCUUUGAACCCGGUCGCAGCUCCGACAAGGAACCGUCAAGCUCCCGGCUCCCUUUGCCGGCCAACUAUCGGGUCAUAUCCUGUACCGUCGCUCCGCCGGCAGAACAGCCAGCCGGUCUCGCCCAGCACCGGUGACAAUUUUCAAGAUGUCUCGGAUCCGGAUGGGCCUCCUAUUGCAGAAGGGAUUGAUCUCAGACAUCCGCGAAGAAGAGCGGCGGCGAGGACGUCAACCAAGGACUCGUUCACUCGGCACAAAUCCUCGUUCAAUGUCUUCGCCGGUAUGGAAGAUGUUGAGAACCGUGCGGUCAGGCCACCUAUAUCAUCAGGACGGAGGAAGGCUUUGAAGGUCUCGCGAUUCAAAUCCGUCAUACAAAGGUCUGCCGAGGACAAGAGUACAAUGUGGAAGCUGUCCCCCGUGGACCGAAGGAAAUUACGGAACGCAAGAUUCCUCAGAAUGCAGAAUUUCCAACGAAAUCAGAGAGACAUUACCUGGAACAGGGUGAAAAUGCUUCUGCAGUGGAUACAACAAAACUCCCGCCCAUGGAGCAGGAAAGGCGACAGGCACUUGGAGAUGCAAAUACCUGAAGAGACCGUCGCUCUGCUCUCUGGAAUGACAGACACGGCGAUGAAGGAGAAUAUUUGGUAUUGGGCGGUGCACCAUGGAUGUCGCGUGCAUAUAUUGUCCCCGAAGAUAGGUAGUGGGACACAUCGCAAGGUUAUUUUGUCAGGCUCUGAGCACGUCUUGGAGCUCGUGAGCGAGCGGAUCGAUCGCGUCCAAAGCCUCCAGGCCAGUCGAGACCCUCGAGUCGAUAUUGUCACCCCGGGAAUCCCUUUGGUUGCCUCCACGGAGGCUUUGCGGCGCAGAAAUCUGCCGGUGCCGGUACCACGUGGGGUGUGGGAUAUCAAGCGAGCGGCAAAGAAGCCGAAGUCACUGGAUAAAGUCCUGGCGGCUCGUCCAAGUCUUAGUACAGUGAGAGAGUUUACCGAGUAUAUCGAGGACCUUACGCAUGCUACGGAACCUAGUCAGAACGCCAAUCGGGACCCGAGCAUCCCAUAUCAGGAACAAAUCGCGCAGGAGAUUGUGGUACUCUUUCGGGAAGAUUCAAUUCGCAAAUGCCUCUCGACUGCCGCAUUAAACCGUGCACUGAUCUUCCUGUGUGAUCAUCAACGCCUCCGCCGCGCCCGUCUCGUGUUCUCGAUAGCAGAACAUGUUGCGACUGCAGACACGUAUAACAUUCUGUUGCGGUCAGCUGCGCAACACCAGCAUCUGCAUGUGUUCAAGUGGCUUCUUCUGUCCAUGUGGCGAGUGCACAUCCGCCCAAAUCCAGAUACAUGGCUGGCAUUACUGGAGGCCUUGGUGAAUCCUCACGAGAAGGCCGCUUUGAUGGCCCAAAUGGCCCAGUUGGGAUACUUGAAAGAUACCAGUACGAUUCGGCGUGCGCUCCAACUCACCGUCCAAAACUCACUCCUCGUGCAUUUGGAGAGCGAUCAAAGCAUUGACGUCUUCAUCAAUUCCAUGGUCACUACCCACGGCACCAACUGGUUUUCUCCAUCUCUACUGAGAGAUAUGUUCAGUGUGAUCGCCCGACUGCGAGAUUUCGACUCUGCAGAACGGUUGCUGCAGAUUUGCACUCAGCAUAAUCUCCUCGUCGACAGCUCUUCCCUCGCUGAAAUCGUGUACAUGUGCCGUCGGGACAUCUUUUCUGCCCUCUACUUCACAAAGCUAUUCUUGGAACGCCCUUCCUUCCGCAUAUCGAGCAGAACCUGGGAGCGACUGUUCCUGGUCGCCUUCAAGGGCCGCCACUACAAUAUCUGCCGAGUCCUGUGGCGAUAUGCCUGCAUGGACAAAGCCGUGUCCCACAACAUGAAACGCGCCGUCCUCAGCUCCCUCUCCCGCAAUGUGUCCAUGAAAAAGAAAGACCUGCUCACCAACUGCUUUCUCCGAAGAGCCGGCAAAGUCAUCAUCGGCGUCCCUGGAAACAACAAAAGAGCUACAUUCAAAGAAUCAACCCUUAACGACCUACCCAGCGAGUUCCAUGCCAACCCCAUCUCCUAUUUCAGGAGAGGGUUCCUGGCAGGAUGGGAAGAGCGGUCCCGCCAGCUCCGCCUCGCCAAGGCCCUCAUCGCACGCGACAUCGAUCUCGGUGCCAACCUGUACCGGCCAAAGCAGCCUCUGAAUCUCAUGCUGGAUGCUGCGGCGACUAUGGAUCGUGAAUGGCGCGAUAAACUGCACGGACUGCGUGGAUUGACAUUCCUUCUGGAUCAUGUCAUCGAGGUGCCUGUGUGGCGGUAUGGACUCACCAAGAGCAAGAGGGCCAAGAAAACUCGCCGUGAAGGAGCUCAGGCAGAGUAUCCUGUUUUGAUUACUUGA